AUGGCUGCGCCCCUCCGCACCGCCUCGCGCGCUCUCGCGAGGUCAACCGCGACCGCUGCCUCCGUCCGCACCGCCGUCCGCGCGAUCAGCUCGACCCCCGCGGUCCGCGACGCCUCGUCCUCCUACCAAAGCCCUUUCAAGGGCGGCGAGUCCACGACCAAGGUGCCCGACUUCUCCAAGUACAUGUCCAAGGGGUCCGGUAGCACCAAUGCGUUGUUCUCGUACUUUAUGGUGGGCACUCUGGGCGCCAUCAGCGCGGCGGGUGCCAAGUCGACUGUUCAGGAAUUCCUUGUCAACAUGUCCGCUUCGGCAGAUGUGUUGGCCAUGGCCAAGGUCGAGGUUGAGCUCGAUGCCAUUCCCGAGGGCAAGAACGUCAUCAUUAAAUGGCGUGGCAAGCCCGUCUUCAUCCGCCACCGGACCGCUGCCGAGAUUGACGAGGCCAACAGCGUCUCUGUUGCCUCAUUAAGGGACCCCCAGGCCGACGAGGACCGUGUUAAGCAGCCCGAGUGGCUAGUCAUGCUGGGUGUCUGCACACAUCUGGGUUGUGUGCCCAUUGGCGAGGCGGGUGACUUUGGCGGUUGGUUCUGCCCAUGCCACGGUUCCCACUACGAUAUCUCGGGCCGCAUCAGGAAAGGACCCGCCCCGCUGAACCUCGAGAUCCCGGCAUACGAUUUCUCCGAUGACGGCAAGCUGGUUAUUGGUUAA